AUGAAUUGUCCAACACAUCUGUUAUCAAGUGAGGAAAGACUGCUUCGUCGGAGUGUUGGUACUGCAGUAAGAGGUCGCAGUGCUUCCCCCGAUGCAAGAAAUAUAUCUGCUGCUGGUGCUGUGGGUAUAUUCGGGAUAGGUAUCGGCGCUGCGCCAAGAAGGGAGGAGCCCAUUCCUAGGGGGAGAGAGGUGCACAUCAAUGUGUUCGGUGACAAGGCCACCCCCGAAGCUGAAAUGGAGAAACACGAGAGGAGACUCUCUGCCGCACUCGGUGUGGAUAGAAGUGCCCGAGUACUUAGCUUUACUCGAGAAAAUGAGCCUAGAAAGGAUGGGAUGAUCAGGAAAGGGGGCGUUCUGGGGAGUCCACGGAGUGAGAACUUGAGCGAUUUGCUCUGGGAUGAUGUUUUGGAUGUUGGAAGUCGCGACUCUACGCCACAAAGCUCUCCCUGCCGCAAGACUCAGAAACGAACUGUACCCACUACCCCAUUCCGAGUUCUAGAUGCCCCAGGCCUUCAUAGUGAUGUGUAUAGUUGGACAGAAACCGGAGGCGCUCGUCCUUUUGAGCCAUGGUCUACAUCCCAUGUGACCUCUCUUGCAUUCUCUUGUUUACAAGGUGGAAAUAACAUUCUUGCUAUUGGUAGAAUUGAUGGUUCUCUUAGCUUGUGGAAUCCAAUUGAGCUUACACCGAGGAUUGAGCGUCCUCACAACGCUGGCGUUGCUUGUUUGGCUUGGAAGCCAGUGCUUUCUCAUCGUCCGUUGGCAUUUUUUCAGCCCUAUGGUACUGGAGCUCGUUCUCGUCCCUCGUCCGCAAUAAUAGAGACUGAGGAGCUUCUUGUGGGUGACGAGUUUGGAAACGUGUAUUACUACUCGAUUCAGUGGAAUGGUAAGCGGGAACUACUGGGUCAAAGGGUCUCUGAUGCAACGAUCACUCUAUUGAAGCGGAUUGUAGUACACUCUCAGCAAAUCUGCGGGUUAGCUUGGAGUGGAGAUGGUGAGCAGUUUGCCACCGGUGGAAAUGAUAAUGCGGCCUGUUUAUUCGAUACAUCUGAGGUUGUGAAUAGGCGUCGAGAUUCAUCUGGAGGUGGAGAAAAUAUGAUUGAGGGCGGAGAAAAACACAAGUGGUUGCAUGGAGCUGCUGUGAAGGCAAUUGCAUUUUGUCCCUGGCAGAAGAGCUUGAUUGCAACUGGCGGGGGCUCUAACGACCGCUGUAUUCAUUUCUUUCACACGUUUUCCGGCGCAGCGCUUGCAACAAUCAACGUUUCUGCCCAAGUCACCUCCUUGUUGUGGUCUAUCAACCAUCGUGAAAUUGCUGCAACAUUUGGCUAUGCCAACCCCGACCACCCUAUAAGGAUUGCAGUAUUUAGCUGGCCAGAAUGCAAACAAGUUGUGCAGAUACCUUGGCAAGAGGAUAUGAGAGCUCUCUACGCAGUUGCAUAUCCUGGAGGCCCCAAUGACCCUCCCUCGAGCUUCGCCAGCGACACUGCUACAGCCAAUGCAUCGAACAUGAGGCGGACUGAGAGCGGAAAUGACGAUAUUGAUAUUUUGAGGGAAGAAUUUGGUGUCAUCGGUAGAAACAUCGGUUUCCCUAGAUGGCCUGGAAGGAAUAGGCCAAAGAGCGAGGGCUGUAUUGUCGUUGCUGCUAGUGAUGAGACGGUGCGCUUUCACGAGGUAUGGAGUGAAACAAGAAGAGGAGUAUUAGGGUGGAGAGGUGUACUGGGUGGGAGUGAUAUCCUUGAAGGCUUGGAGGGCAUCGAGAAGGACGGCGGGGAGAUGAUUAGGUAG